UUUGAUAACGCUGCAUGAACCAGGCGUUGCUCAUUGAUAAUUAUACAUGGAGCAUAUUGGAAAACAAGUGAAGGUUAUCCUAAAAGAUGGCUCUCAGUUUGAAGGCUUUGUCCACUCUAUGAACAUAGACACUGGCAAACUUGCACUGCACAAAGUUACAAAUGAAGAUGGAAAAAAGCUUCAAGGGAUACAGCACUUUUUUAAUGAUGAAAUACAGAAUAUUUACGCCUUUGAAAAAGAACUACUAGCAUCCAGCAAGAAUACAGAAGAAAAAUUGGUGGAUAAAAGAGAGAGUGGAAGGAAGAUGAUCCACUCGAAGUAUGUACCAGCUCAUCUACAGAGAAUGCGGGACUUUAACCGCAACUCUGUUUUAUUGUCCAACAUAUCCACUAAUGGUGUAGACAAUACAGUCAAACAAGAUAACAAAAGUUCUGAUUACGACUCAAGCAGUGACCCUGAGACUCUGGAAGCAGGCACCAAUGCUCCUUAUGUGGUCAUCAAUAAAAUGGACAGGAAAUACCAAGAUGCUAUUGAAGCAGUCCUGAAUUGUGCUGUGGUAGGGUUGGCCAUGCAGGGUGUAUGUAUAGGAAGAUCUGGAGAGGUCUGUUGGGUACAGUUUGCAACUGACAGAAAUGUAUUUCUGUUUGAUGUGCUUGAGCUGUCAGCAAAUUGCUUUGAAGAAGGAAUUAAAAUUAUUCUGGAAAAUCCUGACAUUUUAAAAGUAACCCAUGACUGUCGGUUGAUGUCUGAUUAUCUAUUCCACUGUCACAACAUCAAGCUUGUCAAUGUUUUUGACACACAGGUGGCUGAUGUGUUUGUGGAUCGCCUAUUCAAGAGAGGCGACUGGCCUCGCUUUGUCAAAGGUCUUGCUGAUUGUGCACUGAAUAACCUUGACCUGGAGCCUGAGCAAGUUUUUGAUCUGAAGACCAGGGAGAAGUGUAAAAAGAGUGAUGAGGAGAUUUGGGCUACCCGUCCCAUCAGUCGACAGCUGUUAGAUGCUCUCUAUAAAAAUGUAGUUCAUUUACGGCCACUACGACAGGUCCUCAUUGAGAAAAUGAUGGCAGAAUACGUAGCAGGCGUUGAUGUUUAUCUGUCUCAGGUCCGGGACUCCUCCAUGAAAGACGCCAAAAUGCACCAGGCCAAUCUUCUACCUAUGGCAUUUCAAGGCCUACGAAAGCUGAUGCCUCACUAUCACAGUUAUCAAUGGAAUAAUAACAGAAAGCUAGAUUCUGAGACCUCUAACGUGAAGGGCUUCACAGACAAUGUGGUACCUAUACGGGACCCCAAAGUUAUCAUCAGUCAUGACUCUAUAUGGCAUCAAGGGCCAUAUCAGGGUCAGCAUAUGUUCAAGCAAGUGGCAAGUCAUUUGAAGUUUGUAAAUGAAGAUGGAACUCCAGUCAAUUUGGAAAAUCACCAGAAAGAGGGUACUUCUGAAAAGAUGGAAAAUCAGAGAUCUGUUAAUACUUCUACCUCAUCAGCUAUCAGUCCUCAUGUCAGCCCAGUCAAGAAAAUGGACCAAACCCAACCCCAGAAUGUAGGUGUGCCUCUGUCAAAUGGUGAAGAAAAGAGAAGCCCAGCAUCUCCAAUGAAAGGUCUCUCACAUAUGAAAGAAGUUUUGGAAAUGCAGAAAGCGAUGAAGGAGUCUGAAUUGGAGGAGGUGUCAGCUGGGACAUUGAUAAGAUCCGUUCUGAAGCAGACGGAUCCCAAGAAACUGGAACACAAGGAGGAGGAUGAUGAAGCCUACGCAUUCAGACCAGCGGGUGUUAUGAUACAUGCCAAGAAGAAUGACAAGACGACGACAAAGAGACAGAGAGAGGUGGAUGAGCUGGAGUUAGAGAUGGCUCAGUACGUCAUGGAGAAUCAGAAUCUAGAAAAUUCAGAGCAGGAGGAACAGGGUUAUGAUGACUGGGGAGGCACUAGAAAGAACCUUGUUCUUGACACACAGGAAAAGAAGGAGGACACUUUAUUGAAGAACUUUCUAGCAAUGGCCGCCAAGGCGAAUGCAAUUAAACAGUCUAACUUUGACCAUCAACUAAAUUCCGUCCCAACUUAUACCAGUCUUGGAGGUUGUACUGUAGUCCCAGAUUAUGCUGCUGUGAGAAGUCCUCCAUCUGUUGUAAGUGAUACUCAGGGAAGCCUUUUAUCUCCUCAACAAAACAUGGAAAACUAUUCCACCCAACAUGAAAACUUGGUAAGUGAUGAUAAUCACAGUGUGCUAAGUUCUGACACCCUGACACAAGGUAGUAUCCCAAGUUCUCAUCAGAGAUCCACUAGCACAGGUCACCUAACUCAGCACCGGUGUCUGUAUCGAGGCCAGAUAUCCAGGGCUAAAUCACCCUCAACCUCCCAGAGUGGGGGGUCAGCUCUCAACACCAGCUUACCAUCAUCAUUUGAACAGUCCAUUUCAAAUCAGAGAUCUAUCAGUUUACCUACGACACCUAUCAGCAACAGUGAGAGGUCUCAGGAAAAUCCUCAGCAAAACGGAACUACAAAUGUGUUAAAUGGUGCAACACCUUCUAUUGCAAAUCUUUCCAAACUAGCCUCUAUUAUUACUAAAUCUUCAAUGAGAUCUACAUCAUCUGCUGAUAGAGAGCAUUCUAGAGACUUGACCAAUUCCUCAGUGUCAUCCACACCUCCUAAACCCACCAGCAGUGUUCAGGAAGCAUCCUUUACUAACCAUGUUUUAUCAGCCGUCCACUCCUCAGAGUCUUCUAGAUCCACCACCAGUGUUCAAAAGCCAUCCAAUAAUGACAGUCCACAUUCAUCAUCUGCAGGUAUGAAUGGGUACACACAGAAUUCUGUAAAAAGUCCAGAAAGUGUGAGUGCAGCUCUGUCAUCUACAAACAGCAAAAUACAGAGACUGAAAAUUCUUGCAGACGCCAUGAAAAAGCCUCAGUAAUGAUACCAUCAUUUUGUUUAAAGCCAGACAUGAGUAGAUUGAUACAUCUUUCAACUGAAGUGAAUUUAUCAUAAUAGAACAUCAUUUAUAGUAAACAGUACAAUAUAACAGGUAAACAAUGUCAAUGUUUUGUACCAAUUUCAAAGAAAAAUUAUUACAUGUAAUUGAUUCUGUAAGAAGUAAUGUAAACAUUGAAUAUAAAAUCUGGUAAUUCUUUUUAUCAAAUUGAUUCACAUUCAAAUGAUUUCUUGUGAAGAACCACACUAAUCAAACCAACAAGUCAAACAAUUUGCAAAUUCUUUCACUUCGGCAAAAAUGUCUUCUCUGCUAAUGUUUUGUUCCAUGGAAAUCACAAAAUUUUACCUGGUAAAAUUACCUCUAUCCAUGUUUACAGUACUCAAUACUGCAAAAUCACUAAUUUUUGGAUGGUCGACUUUCAAAGCUUAGGGAAAAAUAUUAAUUAAUUGAUAAAUGGUUGAAAAAGUGUGGAUUUAUUUGAAUUUUGAAUUUUUUUAUUUCAUGAAGGUAAUAAAUUUGUUAGCCUUUUCAUAUCACAAGAAGUAUCAAAACAAAGAAAAUGAUACUUACCCUCCCCUUCCCUCCCCCACCACACACACACAA